AUCCUGCAAAUCGCCAAGUGGGAAGGCCCAUCAAAUUUUUUUUCCCCUUUCCAUGGGCGAAUUUAAACCUUCUGAAUUGAUUGAUUUCCUUUCGUAAAUUUGCAGUGUUAAGUGAAGCUUUUUGGUUGGGUUUUGUUGGCCCAUGCUGUAGGUGAAGUCUUUGUGAGCUCAGGGCUUUAAGAAGAUUUUUGCUGCGAAUUAAGGUUGGUGCUGUCUGCUUACUCUUACAUUGAAGUUGGAUUCUGCUCAGGUAUGGGCUGCAUAUCAGGUGUUUGAUGGAUUUCAUGUUUGUUUAGGUGGUCCUGAAUCAUCUAUUGAAACUAGUGGGAGAGAAAUUUGGGGUUUUUGAAGAUGGUGAGAGCAAUGAAAAUCACCAAACAAUACCGGUGCAUACACUCGGCAAGUUGUGUAUGCACAAAAGGGCAUCUCAGUGAAGAAGUGAUAUUUCUAGUUUUUGAACAUAUAAACUGGAACCCGAAGAUGAUUGCAGCCCUAUCUUGUGCGUGCAAAUGGUUUGAUGAUCUUGCCAAGAGAGUGCUUUGGAAGGAAUUCUGUAAGCAAAGAGCGCCCAAGAUGAUGCUUGACCUGCAGUCAAGCGGGAGUCACAGUGUUGACGGGAACUGGAGAGCACUCGGAAAACUUAUGAUUUACUGCUCGGGCUGUAACAAGGGUGGCUUGUUCAAUAGCAUUCACAUUCCUGGACAUUUUGUUUAUAGGACACGGUUCUCAAGGACCUCUGGGAAGAGCUUUCUUUUACCACAAUGCAGGACGGAUGUUUUGUAUGUCUCUGAUCCUUGUGAGCAUCUUGACCAAGGAGACGAGGGGGAUGUUGGGUUUUUUCGUGGGAUAUUUAAAUCUUUUGCAACGUCGAAGGUUAGGAAAAUGCUGAUUAAGAGGGAGGCUAAGCUACACCCAAGGGAGGUUUGCCCGUAUUGUAAGGCUAAGCUGUGGAGCAUGCUGCAGGCAAAGAUGAUCCCGUCGAGUGCCAGCUGCAGAUUAGGUGCUUAUGAAGAUGCGAUCGAGUACUAUGUUUGCCUUAAUGGGCACGUGCUAGGAGUUUGCACCCUCUUGCCAUUGUCUGAUACAGAGGAAGCAUCUGGAUCCGAGUGACUAAAGAAGAAAUGCAGUCUGGUCUCUAGGCCAAUCGAGGCUCGUCUCUCUGCUGACUUCAAAUUAUCUGACAAGAUCAGUUUGUCGUUGUGUGCCUUGCUACAUAUUAACUUCGGAUCUACCAUUUCUUGGAAACGUGGUGGAUAUCACAGGACCCUCCCGACAUACAUCCUUGUACUUAACAGUCUCGCGGUUGAAACUUCCAUGUGAGUUUGCUACUUUCAUCUCCUGCCUGCCUGCCUACCUACCUGCCAUUGGAGACCAAUUACUGACCAUUUUGUUUGGAGUGUUAGCAUGCUAGAUUGUUCUUGUGAACCAUUUGUGUAAUUGUGACUUUAAAAAUGUAACCUAUGGUGCAAUCUUGUAAUGUCUCUAAUUAGUUUAUUACUCUGCAUUAUAAUCAUUUGACUUAA